AAGCAUUUGAAGACUAUGAAGAAGGAGCUAUCAGAUCGGUCCGAGAUGGCAGAGGUGGAGGAGACCCUGAAGCGACUCCAGAGCCAGAAGGGCGUGCAGGGAAUCAUCGUGGUAAACACAGAAGGCAUUCCCAUCAAGAGCACCAUGGACAAUCCCACCACCACACAGUACGCCAGCCUCAUGCACAACUUCAUCUUGAAGGCCCGGAGCACCGUGCGCGAAAUCGACCCCCAGAAUGACCUCACUUUCCUUCGAAUUCGCUCCAAGAAAAAUGAAAUUAUGGUUGCACCAGAUAAAGACUAUUUCCUGAUUGUGAUUCAGAAUCCAACUGAAUAAGCCUCUUUCUUGGCUCCCUGCGUCAUUCCUUAAUUUAAUGCCCCUCAAGAAUAAUAGCGUUAAUCACGUCCACUGACGGGCACGUGGAAGGCACGUUGGAGCCCUCCCAGGCUGGUCCGUGACCCAGUGGGCU